CGUUUUCCAUCUCAGGCUCCCUAGUACCCGGGCGGGUAAAAGCAGCGGACGGGUAUGUGCGUAAAGAAAAGACCGCACGUCACGUGACCGUCUCUUACUCCUGAAUCCAUCAUUUGCGGAAUAACGAUACAUAUUUGCGCCGGAAACUGCCUGUUACCGCCAAUGUGUUCGAUGCAGGUUCAAGCGUAGGAUGCCAUUUACAGCAACGGACGGAUUUUAGCGACAUUCUAGGACGAAACGGGAGUUUUCUAGGAAGCUGAGACUUGUGAAGUCUGUGUGCCAGUUUGCAAGUGGAGGAAAAUACUGAGAGUUCAUCAUGGCAGAAAACAACUUCCCCCCGCUGCCUCGAUUCAUCCCCCUCAAGCCCUGUUUUUACCAAGAUUUCAACGAGAUCCCAGACCAACGCCGCACCAUGUGCAAACGGCUCUACUACUUAUGGAUCUUAAAUAGUGCCACUCUGGCUGUUAAUCUGAUUGGCUGUCUGGCAUGGAUGUGCGGCGGCGGUGGAGCGACUAACUUCGGUAUGGCCAUCCUGUGGCUCAUCCUCUUCACCCCCUGCUCCUACGUGUGCUGGUUCAGGCCCAUCUACAAAGCCUUCAAGACCGACAGCUCUUUCAACUUCAUGGCUUUCUUCUUCGUCUUCAUGGCCCAGGUUGUGAUCAGUAUUAUUCAGACAGUGGGCAUUCCAGGCUGGGGCGUGUGUGGCUGGCUCGCUACCAUCACUUUCUUCAGCACUAACAUCGGCUCGGCUGUGGUCAUGCUGAUUCCCACCAUCAUGUUUACUGCAGUGGCAGUGCUGUCCUUCAUCGCCCUCACAAAGGUCCAUAACUUCUACCGUGGCAGCGGUGGAAGUCUGGGUAAAGCCCAGGAGGAGUGGGCCACCGGGGCUUGGAAGAACCCCCACGUCCAGCAGGCAGCUCAGCAGGCAGCCAUGGGAGCCGCCCAGGGAGCCAUGCAACAGAACCAGUACUCGGCAGCUCCCACCUACAACUACGACGACCCGAUGUAGGACAGAGGAGGGGGCCGGGAAGCCGAGUGGGAGAGAUAAAAAGGGAUCAAUUAAGAACACAAUUCAGAAUUAGGUGCCCUUCAUUAUAACACUGUACACGCAGAAUUAAAAAAGAACAAUGUAGACAGUCAUGUUAAUGGUGCAAAUAUACCUUUUCUUGAAUUUUGACACAGAUCGGAGUACAAAUCUUAAUCAGAUCACUUUUAAUUCAACAGCCGGUCAUGUAAAAAGCUGUUUGUUUGGUUUUUUUUAUCUUUUAUGCUGCUCAAUUUUAGCUGGUCAGUGAGUUUUACUUCACAAAAAUAUAUCUAAAACCAGUCCCAGAGCUUCAUCUGUUCACUCAGAUGGAGUCUUCAGUGGUCCACAGUCACGUCUGCCUCUGCCUGUGUCACACUGACCUCUAAUGUGUUUUAAGGUGCUGUGAUAGCCAUAUUAUUACUAUGAUAAAACAAUUUAACUAUGAACUUAGGGACAAAUGAGCAAAGAUAUUUAAGUGUUUAUGAUUUUUAGUCUUUUUGCUGGUUUCCAAAAUGAAAUCAACCUUUAGGGAAUCAAAUGGUAAAAUGUCCAAAACAGAAAAUAAUUUGGCGCUAAGAAUAAAAAUCAGUUGCCUUUUCCUUUUUUAUUCUUAACUGAGAAGUUGUUCCGCAUCAGUGAAUAUUUCAGUUUGAUAUAGUAUUUUUUACAUCUCAGGAAAGGUGUGACAGCUGGUUUUACAUUCUAUCUGUGAAGCCCUCAAUGCGUCUUUUUUGUGUCCGUUAAUCACUACUUUUUCGACCAUUAAGGGUGUUUGUUUUCGUCAACACACUGGUUAUGUGCUGUACUAUUAGGUUGAUUUCAGUUCAUUGACUUACAUGUCAAAGUCAAGCACAUGCAGUGUUUAGAGAUGCAGAUCUUUGGGUAAAACAUUCCAAAUUAACGCUGUACAGGUUAAAAGUGAAAGAAAACCAAAACACGUGGAUGUCGGACUUACAGUAAAUAUUAAUAAUCAUUGUUGUAGGUGGUCAUAGCAUUGUAUGAUGGAUGUUUUCCCUUUAGGAAAUUCUCCCACUAACCCGUACAUGUAAAUGCUUAAAUGACUACUUGUUUCUGAAGCUCUGGAUUUCAGGCCUUAGUGUGUCAUUUUGUGGCUGUUGGUGUUAUUCCAUAAUUAGGUGUAAUAUGAUAUUUAUAUGAAGAAAAUAGAAUAUAAAAUCAAGCCGGUUAUUUCUUCUUAUGAACUGAAAGUGAAAGAGAAUAUUUAUGUGUCGCCCUCGUGAGGCCUGAUGUGUUCAGUCAGAGACAUUGUCAUUGAUUUUGUUUUCAGUGAAAAGGUUUUUCUUUCAAGAUCUUCUUCACGAUCCAGUAGUUGGUUAUUACAGUAAUACAGUAUUAGACUUGAAGCAGAUGUGAAGAUACGUAUCCGAAUGCUCGUUCUUUCUAAACCUGUGAGUCGUCUUGUCUGGUUGUGAUGAUGUGAUAUUCAGUAGACUGUUUGUUGUUUUGCUUUUCAGUUGUUUUUUGUACUAUUUUUUGGGUGUAUUAUGGAUGGCGUGUGGAUGAGUUUGAAGCACAUGUUCAUUGUGUCUUUCCAUGGCUGCGGUUUCUGUUUUUUUAUUAUUAUUUUUUAUCAUUAUGAAUUAUUUUUUCCCCAGUGGAACAAUGCUAACAAAUAUACUAAACACUAAAUUUUACCAGAAAAAACGUGGCUUUUGUGCAGUCUUCAGACAUAGACAGUAAUAUUAGUCAAAGUAAAGCAAACUGCAUUGUACUAUAAUGGUACUGCUCUAAAGUUGGACGCCACGAGUGUGAUUUUACAUAACAUUUUCACCAGCAGAUGCACAUAUUAUAAAGUAUAACUUUAAACGUACCAUACACACGCCCAUCUGUUAGUAAACGCACAAAGUUUCAGUUGUAUAAGUGUAAAGUUAUGCACAAAGGUGAACGAACAACUUACUUUACUCUGUGUGUAGUAACUCAUCCUGGUCUGCGGUGGCUUUCAGACCAUUUGUACAUAUACAGCACAGUCAAAGUGAAUAUGAGAACUACAGCUGUAUAGUUAUUGUGUAGCAGUACGUUGGACAGGUAAUACUCCGCAUUUUAUGUUGCUCUUCAUGCUGUAUCAAAGCUUCCACGAAUGACCCAACAUAACACCUGUAUGUUGUUUGAUAUGUAUUAUCAUGUACUAUAUCAUGAGUAGAUAUAAAUAUAUAAUAAUUACAUGAGGUGAGGUAAAUAUUUGCCAUGGAUAAACACUCAAUAGAAACAUGUUUUAAUGAGGUGGAUUAGCUGUUCGAGGAGGCUGUGUCUCCAUGAGUGAAGUCAAUGAGGAAUACAUUUUUGUGUAUUACUUUUGUAUUAUUUGGUCUUACCCUAAUAGAUAUUAAAGAGUUCUUGUUGCA